CAGCUCACCAAACCACCGCCAACCUCCUUCCAUCUCCCUUCGCGUUCUUCACUACGCGACACACACCUCCACCAUGUCGACACUCGUGCAAAUCAACUCACGCGAGCAAUUCAGCUCUCUAUUGAGCUCCUCCACCUUUGUUGUCGCCGACUUCUACGCAGAUUGGUGCGGACCAUGCAAAGCCAUCGCCCCCGCAUACGAGCAGCUAGCCGGACAGCUCUCACGCCCGAACAAGAUCACCUUUACGAAGAUCAACGUUGACAAGAACCAAGACAUCGCAAGACAGUAUGGGAUCACAGCUAUGCCCACCUUCGUCCUCUUCGAGCGCGGCCGCCCAACCUCCACCGUCCGCGGCGCCAAUGCCAAAGAGCUCAACGACCUCGUGCGCAAGCUCGCCACGGAAGCCGAGAAAGCGCCUGAAGGCAACGAGGCCGGCUCCAGCAGCGGCGUGGGCUGGAUCGGCCUUCCGGCACCCAAGAACUACAGCGACAUCUCGGACCAAUACGACCCCAAGGGUCUGGAGCUACUGAACCGGGCGAGCGAGUUCGGCACAGCCAAGACGCUCUUCGAUAGCUCGAAGCCAUCCUCUCUGAACAAUGCCAAGGGCAAGGCCGGGGCCGCACCGGAUUGGGUGGAGAGUGAUACAGACGAGCAGUUGAUGCUGUUCAUCCCGUUCCAGUCUACGCUGAAGGUGCAUUCGUUGCAGAUUACGUCGCUCCCGCCGUCAGCAGAGGAGGAGGUUGAGGAUGAAGAUGAGCGGCCGAUGCGCCCCCGGACGGUGUCGUUGUAUACGAAUCGGUCGCAUGUGUUGGGAUUCGACGAGGCGGACGAUAUCCCUGCUGUGCAGACGGUUACGAUUCAGCCGGAGGACUGGGAUCCCAAGACGGGUACGGCCAAGGUGGAUUUGCGGUUUGUCAAGUUCCAGAGUGUUACGUCGUUGGUGAUUUUCUUCGUGGAUGGCGAUGGGGAUAGUGAGAAGUUGCGGGUUGAUCGGGUGAGGAUCUUUGGAGAGGCGGGCGAGAAGAGGGAGAUGGGUAAGUUGGAGAAGAUUGGUGAUGAGCCGGGGGAGUGAGUACAUACCAGUACAAGGAUGGAGUAGAUAUAUGAUAGCAACGCACUAGACAGAGUAACAAAGCAGUACAGAAACCACUACAUUUCUACUACGGAGUACUCAGAAGACAUUUGAAACUCAUGACAAUGAUAAUAUUCAUAAUCUACGAAACCUAUUGACCAUAGUCUAGUCCGACCACAAUCUGCACCACACAUAACCAGCACAGAAAGCAGGGCAGUAAAACACUACAGCCAACAAAUCUAUACUAAAAUAAUCACAACACCACCACCAUAGACAGAUACAUCUAUGAUAGCAGUACUGAUAAUGAUAAUGAAAAAGAAAUGUCCGAUCCCAAACCAAAUGGUCUAAUCCUAGUGGGAAAAGAAAACAGAAAGACCAAUAAAGUAAGAACCGGUGUGCAAUUCCGUUCGUCUGUGACGCAACUGACACCUGGGGUUUGACAACAUCACAGAAGAAGCAUGAUGUCCA